GAACCCAUGUGUCCUACGUCAUUGUCCUUUUCUCUAGCACAACCUUAUAAAAAGUAAGGCCCAUUAGUUUACUUCAGUUGAGCGUUUAAAGCUGAAUGACAUAGUGUACAAUAAGAACAAAUAACUUCAGAUCAGUUUGUAGUGAAGACUGAAUAUGUCUGAGAUUACCCUGGCAAAGUUCUCUGUUUGUGAGGAUAGGAAAAGUAUAAUUGAGUUUGGAACUUCAUGUGAAGAUGUCAUGACUAACAAAAACAGUGACAAACUGCACAAAGGUUGUAAAAUAACUUGGAACAGACGCUACAGAUGCUACAGAGUGGCUGCACAGUUUCUUGGACUGUUGUGUGUAGUACUGCUGGCAGCUAUCAUUAUGCUUUAUGUUGAAUACAAACGCAUACAAACCAAUUAUAACUACGUGAGUGACGAAAGAACUGAAUAUCUUCUAUCUAAUGCUCUUGCCACAGAUCAGCACCUAGUCAGGUUGAACAAUCUUAGCUUGGAGAAUGAGCAGUUGGAAAACAAUUACCGUUUAAUUCAGGUUAGCUACAGCAGUUGUGUUGAAGAGAGAGAUCUAUUACAGAACAUAACUGUCAACAUAACUGAAGGAAAAAAUCAGCUCCAAUCACUUAUCAGUAAUCUGGUCAAAGAUAAAGACAAGUUGCGGAUAUUUAGUAACAACCUGACCACAGAAAAAGAUCAAUCAGAAAGUAGAUAUAAGGCCAUGGCUGAGCACAGAGACCAAAUACAAUAUUGGUGUAACAACGUUACAGAUGAGAAAAAUUGGUUACAGACAGUUAACAGUCACCUAUCUGAAGAAAGAGAUAUGCUGACCAAAGAGAGAGAAAAGCUACAGUUGGAGAAAGGUGGACUUCAGAAAGCACUGUCUCAUUUUGGAUGGAAGUACUUCAAGUCUAGCACGUACUCCAUCUCUACUGUGAAGAUGAACUGGAGAGUUGGCAGACAGCAUUGCAUAAAGAGUGAAGCAGAUCUGGUAGUCAUAAACAGCAAAGAGGAAAUGAUUUUUGUUCACGGCUUGAUAAGUAACCUGGGAGCUUGGCUUGGACUCACUGACACAGUGAAUGAAGGGGUCUGGAAAUGGGUGGAUGGCAAAGGAUUGACCACAAGUUAUUGGAUGAAAGGACAGCCUAACAACGGCGGUAGGAAUGGAACUGAUGACUGUGGUGUUAUUGUUUUUGGAAAAGCUGUGCUGGAGAGCUGGAAUGACAGUCAAUGCAACUAUCUUUCCUAUGUGAUUUGUGAAAAAAGUCUGGCAUGAAUUUAGUGAAGUUUAUAAAUUAUUUAAUUGUAUUAUGCAAUUACAAUAACUUUUAUACACUUUUUAGUGUGGUUUACAGUAAAUACUGAACAACACAACUAGCAUUAACUAAUUUCUGAAUGUUGAUACAGUUUAACAACAGCUUAAUAACUGAAAAAUGAUGAAGCUUCUCCGUGGAGACUGUUGAUGUGUGAGAGGAGUGAUGGACAAUUUGCCAAUUGCUGUGUCCCAAUCUGCAUACUAUCCAUCCGAAAUAGUAUUCGAAAAUAGAAUUAGUAUGUCCCAAAUCACAGUUUGCUGAAAUGAGUAUUUAUCAAAGUACCAGGGUGGUCUACUGUUCCAGUGAAAAUCCGAAGUGUGAAUCUAUGGCUUCCCGCUGCAUUAAUGAAAUUAAAUAAAAGAGGCUUCGCUAAUUUAAUAGGCUGAAUGUAAGUAAACAGUAAACAUUACAUAUGAAAUAAUGAGUGAAUAAAUACUAAAAAUACAAAGAAGAUAUGUAUUUUGAUGUUCAUCACAGUUCAUGCUCACAGUGUUGUCUAGGCAACAGCGGCCACUUCCGUUUUGCGUUAGUAUGUCCCUGUGCUUGCAUACAGUUUUGCUACGCACUAAACUGUGCAUACUUUCUAUACCAUCUAACUCUUAAUGUUAUAUAAAUGUGUAUAAAAUUUGCAUGAUUAAUAGUUGGAUUAUUGUAUUUAUCAGAUCCUAUUAAAACAAUGAAUUAUUAUAAUGUUUAUGAAUAUGGUAUUCACACAAGAUUAACUUUUACAAACUUUUCAAUCUUUGAUUGUUUAUAGUCAUUAUGCAAUUGACUGACUAUUGCAAAAAUCAUGUCAUCUUGUUGUUGACCAUUGUUUUCCCAUGCAAGCAAUAAAGAGUUAUUUCAGAAAAACUUGAA